AUGGGGGCCAUACUAUCUCUUCCGUUCACGAUCCUGAAUCUUCUGCUGCCAUUUACGCGAUCUGGCACACCUCUGUCGCAAGAUCUUCUGCACACAGCUGUACUUUGCGGAACAUUAUAUUUCGCUCCACAAAUCGGCGAAUGGUAUAAUGCGCAACGGCAAGCAGCAGAGGCGGGCGAUGCUCAAAGAGAGAAUAACGAAGGCAUAAAUCGCCCGGUUGAACAAGGAAUCGGGAACCCAGCAGGCGGACAGAGAGAUGAGCGUGAACAAGCACCACUAGACGAGCGGUUGGUCCUCCAAGACGAUGGCGUAGAAGCCGCACGACCGCCACGGGCACCUACACCACCACAGCACCAAGACCAGCUCCAAGCCCUGUUCGGAGACGUCCCUCAGCCACAACAUCGCCAGCCAAAUACUCAAGCACAAGAAGCCCAGCUACCCGACGAUGCCUUCGCACCCGGCCCCGCAAACCCCCCACCACAAAACGCGAACCGUCCCCCACCAACCCAACGCGUCGUCGGCACCAAGAAAGCCAAAUCGCUCGCUCGAAAAGACCAACAACGCGCAUACAACGAAUGGCUACGCUCAGAAGCCGAGAUGCGGCGUCUUCAAGAAGCCGAGGGCCGUGAAGAGCGCGAGGCAACUGCGGCAGCGGAGAAAGCUCGGCGAGCGGCUGUCGAAGAGGAGAUUCGCGAGCGCGCAAGACAGGAGCGAGAGGAGAGGAAGGCAGAGGAGAAAAAGGAGGCCGAGAUGGAAGCCGCACGACGGGAGAGGUGUGUCGCCUUUGUAAGGAAUACAAUGAAGGAGAGGGGUGCCGUGGAUUUGGUCGACGCAGCGUACGCGGAGGGUAAAGAUAGGGUUUGGGUCGAGAGAUUGAUCCGCGCAAGUGGGCUUAUGCAGCAACUACAAAAUGAGGGGGGUCACAUCAUGAUCACAGGACACGACUGGCUUGUAAGGAUCGAUGAGGAGGUCAUGGCCAAAGCUUAUGCUGAAGCUGAGCAGCUGGGAGAGAAGAACAGUGGUAAAGUCGGCUUCGAAGAGUUUGGAGCCAUAUUAGAGAGGGCUGUGUUAGGGCGGGCGGCAGCAUAG